AAGAAAAGAGAGCAAAUGGGAGAUGGACAGUUGUGUUAUGUCCGCUACAACAAUUCCCGCUUUAUCAUUUCUUUUUUACACUGUUCAACUUACCUGCCACAACCUCUACCAAAACCAUAGAUUCCGAGUUCUACUUCUUUUGCGUAUUUACUUGUUCUUAAUUGAUGGAGUGUAGGAGUUGUAUUAGUGGGUUUAGAGAAUUGAAGCCUCUGGUUCACUUGCUUUUGCCGUUAUCAGUUCACUGGGUUGCUGAACAAAUGACCGUCUCUGUUCUCGUUGAUGUUGUUACUCGUGCUUUAUGUCCUGGCCAGUCAACCUGUUCUCAGGCUAUCUAUAUCACUGGUCUCCAACAAACCGUGGUUGGAAUUUUCAAGAUGAUUGUACUACCUCUCCUAGGACAGCUUGCAGAUGAGUAUGGGCGUAAGCCGUUCCUCAUUCUUACUGUAUCUACAUCCAUAUUUCCUUUUGCUAUACUUGCAUAUGACCAAUCUAAAGGAUUUGUGUAUGCGUACUAUGUGCUUCGUACAAUUUCCUUCAUUUUAAGCCAAGGAAGCAUUUUCUGCAUUUCUGUUGCCUAUGCGGCAGAUUUUGUCCCAGAAAGCAAGAGGGCUGCGGUGUUUAGUUGGAUGACAGGACUCUUUUCUGCUUCUCAUGUUAUAGGAAAUGUUUUGGCGCGAUUUCUUCCCGAGAAAUACAUUUUUCUGGUUUCAAUUGCUCUCUUGCUUUUUGGUCCUAUUUAUAUGCAAAUCUUUCUAGUUGAUACAGUUAACCGAGCUGAAAGAAAGGACCAUCAUAACUCCACUUUAUUAACUAAAACCGUUAAGGUUUUCCACACUCGGUGUAAAUCAAUGACAGAUGCUGCCUCCUUAAUCAUUAGCAGCCCUACACUUAGAGGCAUUUCUUUUGUUUCAUUCUUCUAUGAGCUGGGAAUGACUGGCAUCAGCUCUGUUUUAUUUUUCUAUCUCAAGUCAGUCUUUGGCUUUAACAAAAAUCAGUAUUCAGAAAUUCUACUCAUGGUGGGAGUUGGCGAAAUAUUUUCUCAGAUAUUAUUGCUUCCUCUUCUGAAUCCAUUAGUUGGUGAGAAAGUGAUAUUAUGUCUCGCCUUAUUGGCAUCAAUUGCUUAUGCAUUCUUCUAUGGACUGGCAUGGGCAUCUUGGGUUGCAUACUUGGGUGCAGCAUUUGGAGCCAUUUUUGUUCUUGUCACACCUUCAACUUAUGCUAUUAUUUCGAAGGCAUCGAGCUCAGCGAAUCAGGGAAAAGCGCAAGGAUUUGUUGCUGGAGUGCAGUCUAUAGCAAGUUUGUUAUCCCCUCUUGCAAUGAGCCCACUAACCUCAUUGUUCCUUUCUAAGGAUGCCCCUUUCAACUGCAAAGGUUUCAGCAUCAUAGUUGCAUCGGUAUGCAUGAUGGUUGCUUUGUGCUAUGCUUGCUUGCUCAAACCGGAGCAAGACUUAACCAGGAACUCCGACGAAGAAAUCGAAACACCACUUUUAACUAACAGUUAAGUUAGUACCCAACCUGUCGAUUUUUUCGGAGGCAAUUGGUGUAAAUAUAUAAGCAUUUAUCAGUUGUAUUUGAUGUAUUGCAAUUGUUAAUUUCUAAAUAUUCGGUUAAUUAA